AUGUAUGUAGGCUAUAUAAAGAAUAAUGGUACACAAGUUAAAGUUCCAUUAGACAACAACUGCUACUUAAACUUAUAUGGAGACGAACAAAAGAAAUAUUUAAGAGUUUAUGAAAUGACAGAUAUGACGUUGGCUGACCCAGCUCCAGCACCAUAUUAUUAUGACUAUGGUGUUGACGCACAUGUAGACCCAAAAAAGCAAACAUUAUAUUUAGAAUAUUAUAGAUAUAAAAGAUAUAAUGCAAUAGAAAAAACGAGAAUAGUAUACUAUUAUGAAGAUGACAGAAAUAAAUAUUAUAGUCAAGACUGUACCUACCCUGAAAACAUAAGAUUAUAUUAUAAAAAAUAUUCUGACACAAACCAGAAGAAACCAGAAAUAGUUACACUAUAUUUUAAGUUCAAAAGAGACAAUCCUAUAUUAUCUCAUAUGUUUGAUUUAAUGAACCCAGUAGGUUCUAUUUAUACAUCUAUGGAAGCAAGAGGUCCUCAAGUAAUGUUUGGUGUUGGUGCAUGGGAACAAAUAGUUGACAGGUUUUUGUAUUGUGCAAACUCUUCAAAGGAAACAGGAGGAAGUAAAACGAUUUCAGGUGAAAAUUUACCUGCACAUAGUCACUACAUAGAUUUAAGUACAUCUCAAGCAGGUUGGCAUAAGCAUAGAUAUUGGGAUUGGUCAGGAAUGACAAAAGGUCAAGGAUAUGAUGUUAAAGACGACGUUAAGUUUGCUAUAAAUUGUUACUGGGAUGACACUCAGGGAGAAGGAAACCAUACACAUUUCGUUUCAGGAUAUACGCAAACAACGGGACAAAGUAAAGA